CAGCGCAGUCCUACUCCUUCGGUUACAACUCGGCUGACGAGUUCGGAACGCGCGUCCAGCGCCAGGAGACCAGCGACAUUAACAACGUGCGCACGGGCUCGUACGGCUACUGCCGACGCCAAGGGCAUCUUCCGCCACGUCCAGUACGUAGCCGACGCCGGGGGCUUCCGCGCCGCCAUUGACACCAACGAACCAGGCACCGCCCAAGGGCAAACGGCCGGUGCCCUGUACAACGCUGCACCCCUGCAGGCUGCUCCAGUGGCCGCUCCAGCACCCGUGGUCGCCGCUGCGCCGUACAAGGCCGCAGCACCGUACGCGGCGUACGCGGUCAAGCCUGCCCCCGCUCCUGCAGCUCUGUACGCUCCGGCACAGCCGAAGUACGCGGCCCCUGCGCCAGCCUUUGCCCCCACUCGAGCUGUCGCCUAUGGACCCAAGUAUUUAUAGAGACGAUGUAGGGAAUGUCCACCAGGCCUCGUCGCCUCGGUGGAUUGAUCCGGAUGUUGGA